UGCUGACUCAGCAUGUGGUGCCCAAUUGGCCAAAGGAGAAGACUGAAAAAAGGAAGUGGGUGCUGAGACAUUUUGUGGUCAACUAGUUGUGGGGAUGGAAAAAUUCACACUCUGUUCAUCCGGCCCCAUUAUGAGCUGGUUCCCAUCAUGGUUUUCUUAGAAUGACUGCUGGAUCUUGAGCUCACAUCCGUGUGCAAAACCCGUUUCUUUCCUGCCACCCACAGAAUGCCAGGCAAAUUAAGCCCACCAAAGAAAGACCUUUAUAAACUGUGACUCCCAGGUCCAACUUGCAGCCCCAGGAAACUGUGUCUGUGAGAAGGCCAAGUCCUUCCUGGUCAAGGGCAGCUCAAAACACGUCUAGCAAACAGUUGCAAUAAAAGAUCCACAAUCCUUUAUUUGGAACAGAGGUCUGGAAAGAAACCACACAGGACGAGUUGGGAGCAGCUUCUCAACAGAUUGUCUGGUUAGUUCUGCAUUUCUUGGCGACCUUCACGGACAGCUGCUGGGUGGGCCCACCAGUUUCUGCUUCAGCUCCAGGGUUGCAAUCUCCAACCAAGUGUCCUGGGUCUCUUGGUGGCUUCAGGGACCCAAGGAUGCAGCUUGGAGGAUAGCAUCUUCUGUCCUUCAACCUGAACCUCUCAGUAAAUAAACAAACAUAUAAAUCAAUGCACAAGCACAAGGUGGAUGUUUUUUAAAAUAGGGCGGGAUGUGGCAGUAUCAGUGACUGCUGAUCUAACACAACCUUUGAUCCCUCUGGAAUUGAAGAUGUUUCCUCAACUGCAGCACUGGCCUCCUCUUCAUCUCAGGAGGCUUCAGACAACCUGCCAGCUCAGCUGUGCCCUUGCCCUGAUCCAGCUUCCAGGCUCUUUGGAUGUCUUUCACAGGAUGCCCAAGGAUCCCUUGCCCCAAUGAAGCCUGAGAUAAUGAAUUUUCUUAGGACAGCUGAGGGCACCAUGAUUUCCAUGGUCCCAGCUUGAUGUCCUGUUAGAUUUCCCCAGGCAACGCUUUCUUCUUCCCUUGUUGCUGGGGAAGCAGCUAAACCCAGAAUUGUCAAAGAGAGGGCAGGGGUUAAGUCUGUGUGCAACGCAGCCAGAACUAGAGAUAAGCAUGGGAGCAUUCUUAGAUCAAAGCAACAGAGAGCCUGGGAAAACGUCUCCCCCUCUGUGUCCCUGGCUGUGCAAAGCCACGCCUGGGUGGCUGUUUAUCUAGGACUGAGCGUGAAACAACAUUUGGUCUCCCUGCCUCUUUCCAGCUGGCAUCCGGACUCAACAAGUGCCAAGGCAGCAUUGCUGGAGGACCUGAAAAUCUCUCAGAGGGCAGCACUGAAAACCGUUUCACUCUGAUCGGAGCGCCUGGUGUACCUGAACGAGGCUUGCCCUGAGCCUGGUGAUCACAUUAUAAGUUAAAGUCUUCUCUUUGAUCCUAAAGGAAUCACCUUAAGACUGUCCCCUCUUCCGUUUCACGGCUUCUGCACUUCAGGCUUCUGGGCAGAGCCCAACCAGGGCUUCAAAUGCUGGUCUUUCCCAGUUGGCCUCUGCUUUUACUUGGGGGUGGAACUCCAGCUGUCCAGAAGAGAUAGUUGUCUUAAUGUAGAUUAAAUGCUUGGGGAGGACAGUAUUUCAGCAAGCAUGGAGAGCCUUGGUGGUCGCUGAGGGCAUGUCUUGAAGGUAGACUGCUAAGAGAAGCUGAAGGAGAAGAGGUUGAGACUUCUAAGUGAGGGUCCCAACUUCAGCUUCAGGACAACUUCAGGCACUUUGGAAUCUCCAGUCUGGAAGCUGGUCAACAGCCCUUGUCCAUGGUCACCUGGAGUUCGCAUCCAGACUUCUGGUCGUGAAGACAUCCUUGAGCCGAAACAUCUUCUGAAAGGGACGUUUCCUCACCAGCAAAGAAAAGUUCCCGUAAGGCCGACUCAGCUGAACUCGCCCCCGGCUGUUCUUUCUCCGUAUUCUUGCUUUGAGCCUCGCUUGUUGAUGGUCAUGGAAGAACUGGAUAAUUUUACUUUUUACUCUGACUACUAUAUUUUCGAGCACUUCAACCCUGUUAGAGACACAUAUGGCAAACCCCCCCAAAUAGACCCCCUGACCAUCGUUCAAGUGGUGGCUGCUCUCAUCUACAGCCUCACCUGCCUCCUGGGUCUAUUGGGCAACGGCUUGGUCAUCGCAAUUAUCUUCAAGAUGAAGAAAUCGGUCACUACAAUCUGGUUCCUCAACCUGGCAGCUGCCGACUUCCUGUUCAAUGUCUUCCUGCCCCUGAACAUCACCUACACUGCUAUGGGCUUCCACUGGGUUUUCGGCAGAGACAUGUGCAAAGUCAGCACUUUGCUUCUCAACCUCAACAUGUGCACCAGCGUGCUUCUCUUGACCACCAUCAGUAUUGAUCGUUGCAUUUUGGUGGUCUUCCCAGUCCAAUCCCAAAAGCGUCGGACCCCGACAAUCGCCUGGUUGUUCUGCAUCCUAAUUUGGGUGUUUGGUUUUCUAAUGAGCUCCCCUUCCCGUGUUUUUCGAGACACCACAACCACCCAAGACCACAUCCGUUGUUUUUACAACUUUUCGUUGUCCAGUUCUCCAAAUGACACCGCCCUCGGCGUCCAGAGACAUAAAAUGGUAACCACCUUUCGCUUCUUGACGGGGUUUAUCAUACCCAUGAUCGUUAUCACAGCAUGUUACAUUACCAUAAUUUUUCGGCUGAAAAAGAACCGUCUGGCCAAGUCCAAGAAGCCCUUGAAAAUUAUUGUGGCCAUUAUCACCAUCUUCUUCCUGUGUUGGUGCCCGUACCAUACUCUCCACCUCCUGGAAACGGAUCACCGCUCAGUUCCAGAAAACGUCUUUGAGAUCGGCUUGCCCCUGGUCACAGCCAUUGCUGCUUCUAACAGCUGCAUGAACCCCAUUCUGUACGUCUUCAUGGGCCAAGAUUUCAAAAAGUUUAAGGUAACCAUCCUGUCCAGACUGGCUAACGCCCUGACUGAGGACACAAUCAAUUCAAUCCACUCGUUUUCACGCAAGAGCGUCACCAAAGCCAGUUCGAUGACUGAAAAAGAAUCUAUUUUGCUCUGAACUUUGGAACCCAACAUGGAUUACAGUAGAUCAUUGGUUUCCAGCAAUGAUCCAGAACUCCUUGAGGUUGUCUUCUAGGAUUAGUCCAGUGGUUUCAGGAGGAACUUGAAAUUGGCUUGGUGAAUCUAAGCCAAUGGUGGUGACGAGGUUCUAGGUACACUCUUGUUUAUUCCCACCACAGCUUUUUAAAGGUUAUGGCAUGAACACCUGAUCCUAACCACAUAAACAAACUUCAUGACAAAGGAAGACCCAAAGGUUGAACUUCAGCCUGUAAAGUCUUCACUGCAUCCUACAAGUUCUUGGCAAUAAGCAUAUUCUGAGCUCUGGAGGAAAUUGAGCACCUCCUUCACUGGUCUGAGAAUGGGGAAGUUUAGAGUUACCGUAGCUCUCUUUAGACAGGACACUGAAACGGAUGGGUGUGUAUAUGUGUGUUUCCUAAUCAUAUGUACCUGUAAAAAUCCAGGUGUGAUUUCUCAUUCUAUCACCUUCCAUGUGAGCAGAUAGACAAGAGACAGCCAGGCCUGUUUCUCUAACCCAUUUCCUGCAACCCCCAAUUUUCCCAGUGGAGAAUUUGAUUCUAGUCAAAGAAACCCCUUCCUUCCACACUAUAAAUCACGCUUCAGAGAACAAUCAUUUCAUACAGUUCUGUCCAGCAACUUUUUCUCUCUUGUUGACUAUUCCGUGAGAUUUCCUAGCCCAUUAAUAAAUCUUUACUCUAGGAGGUGGGCUGUGCAUCCUGUCUAUUCAAUUUCAUGCCCAGUUAAUUUGGGAAAUAAUUCAUUUUCCUCUCUUUUUCUUUUCACUGAAUAGACAUAAAUCUGAAACGCUCAGCUAGAAUCCAAACCUGGGUUUAUAACUUGAUAAGCUGGUUUUAUUUAUCCCAAAUCUAAAAAAAAAUUGCUUUUGAUUAUGUCUGGAAAGACACGGACUAUAUGGGGACCUCUCCUGAAUCCUCCUUUCCCCCCAAAAGUGUCAGACAAAACAACCUCUCCACCUCUGGAAGGAUAUAUCAGGAAGGAUUUCUAACUAAUGGUGUUUACAAAAAUACUAGCAAAAUAAAAAGGAAGUUGUGGAAAUUUGCUGCAUCAGGGAACUGUCUCUUGCAUGAAAAUAAUAGUUCCUGGGCUCAGAGCACCAUCAGGGACAUCCAACAAUUUUUUCCAGUUGGUGAAUCUUGAGGAUUUAAUAAAUAAAAGGAGAUUCAACUAUUGGCAUGAGAGUUAAUUGCCUUCAAUCCAGGUCAUAGCAAUAUGAAGUGUUCGUUAGACUCAAUUAGUCUGUUGUGUCAGGUUUUCUACAAAUGAAAAAGUAUGUAGUAAUUGUUAUAUGUAGCAUUCCUAACAAGUAUAUCUGUAUUUAAGAUAAGUUGGGGGUGUUGUAUUCAAUAUUCUUAAAGAUAUGUACUGUUUUUUUAAAUAAGCAAUUUUGUAAGGUCCAUCUUUUUUAAAUGAAAAAAAAAAGGUCCAAGCAAUGAUAUCCUGUAGCAUUCGUGUUACAAAGUGGAGCAUACAUUAAAUAAAGAGACACAUUUUUGCA